AUGCAGAAGGAGAUGACUUCAUCGACGAGUCGCCACACGGUGGUUGACCUGGUCCGGACGCCCGUCGUGCGCCGCAUCUCUUGUUGCCUCUGCUUUGUCUGGUUCUCCACCAGCUUCGCCUACUACGGGCUGGCCAUGGACCUGCAAAACUUUGACUUCGACAUCUACGUGAUCCAACUCAUCUUUGGGGCCGUGGACAUCCCGGCCAAGCUGGUCUCCAUCCUCACCAUCACCUUCGUGGGGCGACGCUUCAGCCAGUCCGUUUCCCUCAUCCUGGCUGGCUUGGCCAUCUUGGCCAACAUCUUGGUGCCACGAGACCUGCGGACGCUCCGGACUGCCUUGGCCGUCUUCGGGAAAGGUUGCUUGGCCGCGUCCUUCAACUGCGUCUACCUCUACACGGGUGAGCUCUACCCCACCGUUAUUCGGCAGACGGGCAUGGGGUUGGCCAACACCAUGGCCCGUCUGGGCAGCAUCACGGCCCCCUUGGUGAAGAUAGCAGGUGAGGUCUUCCCCGCGUUGCCCUUCAUCAUCUACGGGGCAGCCCCGGUGGUGUCGGGGCUGGUGGCCAUCUUCCUGCCGGAGACACGGGACACGGCACUGCCCGAGACCGUGGAGGAGGUGGAGAGCAG